CUCUCAAUGUUCUCUCCGUAUAUCUAAAAAUAUGAUCAGCGCCCCUGACGUGGUGGCCUUCACCAAAGAGGAGGAGUACGAGGAGGAGCCUUACAAUGAGCCCGCCUUGCCCGAGGAGUACUCGGUGCCACUCUUCCCCUUCGCCAGCCAGGGAGCCAACCCAUGGUCCAAACUGUCCGGGGCCAAGUUCUCGCGGGACUUCAUCCUUAUUUCCGAGUUCUCCGAGCAGGUGGGACCCCAACCCUUGCUGACCAUCCCCAAUGACACCAAAGUUUUUGGUACUUUCGAUCUCAAUUACUUCUCCUUGCGGAUCAUGUCUGUGGAUUACCAGGCCUCCUUUGUGGGCCAUCCCCCUGGUUCUGCCUACCCCAAGCUGAACUUUGUGGAGGACUCCAAGGUGGUGCUGGGAGACUCCAAGGAGGGAGCCUUUGCGUAUGUGCACCACCUUACCCUGUACGACCUGGAGGCCCGGGGCUUUGUGAGGCCCUUUUGCAUGGCUUAUAUCUCAGCGGACCAGCACAAAAUCAUGCAGCAGUUUCAGGAGCUCUCAGCUGAAUUUUCCAAAGCUUCCGAGUGCCUGAAGACAGGCAACAGGAAAGCAUUUGCGGGAGAACUUGAAAAAAAACUGAAAGACUUGGAUUACACCAGGACAGUGCUGCACACGGAAACGGAGAUCCAGAAGAAGGCCAAUGACAAAGGCUUUUACUCAUCUCAGGCAAUUGAGAAAGCCAAUGAAUUGGCUAGUGUGGAGAAGUCCAUCAUUGAACAUCAAGACCUGCUGAAGCAGAUCCGCUCGUACCCUCAUCGGAAGUUGAAGGGGUCUCCUUUGUGUUCUGGGGAGACGGAGCACACCCAGGAUCAGGCCAGCCAGGCAGCCACUACCUCUAACCCUGAUGAGUCUGCUGACCCAGACCUUUACACCUGCAGACCUGCUUAUACCCCGAAACUCAUCAAAGCAAAGUCCACCAAGUGUUUUGACAAGAAGUUGAAGACCCUGGAAGAGCUCUGUGACACUGAGUAUUUCACCCAGACCUUGGCUCAGCUCAGCCACAUAGAGCACAUGUUCAGAGGAGACCUGUGCUACCUCCUGACCAGCCAGAUUGACAGAGAACUUCUAAAACAACAGCAUAUAACAAACUUCCUCUUUGAAGAUUUUGCGGAGGUCGAUGACAGGGUGGCAGAGAAAGAAGAGAGCGCACCCCCUAGGCCCGUUCCCGGCAGGCCGCCUUCUAGGUCUCUGGAAGAAUGUCCGAUUCCUCAAGUGUUAAUUAGCGUUGGUUCCUACAAGUCCAGUGUGGAGUCCGUGCCGAUCAAGAUGGAGCAGGAACUUGGAGAUGAGUACAGGGAAGCGGAGGUGACAGAAGUGAGCAGUUUUGACCCCCAGGAAAACUUGGAUUUCCUGGAUACGGAUAUGAAAGGGAGCAUCAGCAGUGGCGAAAGCAUCGAGGUUCUGGGCACGGAGAAGUCCACCCCUGUGCUGCCUAAGUCUGACAGCCAGACCAGCCUCACGGUGCCAUUGAGCCCCCAGGUGGUCCGGAGCAAAGCGGUCAGCCACAGGACCAUCAGCGAGGACAGUAUUGAAGUCCUCAGCACCUGCCCCUCGGAGGCCCUCAUCCCGGACGAUUUUAAGGCCAGCUACCCAAGUGCCAUUAACGAAGAAGAAUCGUAUGCAGAUGAUAGUGAGGGAGCCAUCCACUUCCAGGCAAGCGUCAGCCCGCCGGAGCUGGGUGAAGCAGAGGAGGGCAGCUUAGAAAAUCCCCUGUCACAAAUAGACUCCUCCUGCUGCAUUGGGAAGGAGAGUGACAGUCUGCGGGUGCCCCUCUCCACUCCAGCCCACACCCCCUCGGAGCGGGACGGAGUAGUGAGCAUCCCUCCGCAGCGCUGUAUGCAGAAGGACCAGGGGUUCCACGUGGACUUUGCCGUGGAAAAUGCCAGCCCUUCCCGAGACAACAGUUCCGAAGGCUUCCCUGCUGAUGAGCUGGAUCCGAACCGCCUGCUGGCGAGCCGGGAUGCCAGUAAGACCAGCCUGGACAACUGCUCAGACACUACCAGCAACAUGAGCAGUGUAGCCUCCACCAGCUCGGACAGGACUCCCUCUUCUGCUCACCCCACCGGCCCCUCUUCCGAGAGGCAUAAAAAGAGGGCUGGCCAGAACGCCUUAAAAUUCAUCCGUCAGUACCCCUUUGCCCACCCGGCCAUCUACUCCUUGCUCAGCGGGAGGACACUUGUCGUCCUAGGGGAGGAUGAGGCCAUAGUGAGAAAGCUGGUGACAGCGCUGUCCAUCUUUGUCCCCAGCCACAGCCGUUUCGCCAAGCCGGUGAAGCACUGGGUCUCCUCUCCUUUGCAUAUCAUGGAUUUUCAGAAGUGGAAGCUUAUUGGCCUGCAGAGAGUGGCGUCCCCUGCCGGCGCCGGCACCCUCCACGCCCUGAGCCGCUACAGCCGCUACACCAGCGUCCUGGACCUGGACAACAAAGCCCUCCGCUGCCCCCUCUACAGAGGCACCCUGGUGCCCCGGCUGGCCGACCACCGCACUCAGAUCAAGCGGGGCAGCACCUACUAUCUGCACGUCCAGAGCAUGCUCACCCAGCUCUGCUCCAAGGCCUUCCUCUACGCCUUCUGCCACCACCUGCACCUGCCCGCCCAUGACAAGGAGACCAAGGAAGUGGUUGCCAGCCGCCAGGCGAGCUUCCUGAAGCUGAACCUGGGCCUGGUGAACGAAGAUGUGAAGGUGGUCCAGUACCUGGCCGAGCUGCUGAAGCUGCACUACACGCAGGAGGCUCCCGGGACCAGCCACCCCACACUCAGGUUCGACUACGUCCCCAGCUUCUUGUACAAGAUCUGAGGUCCCGCCCCAGCCACUGUGACCGAGACCUAUGACUCAGGGUACGGGGAGGGGAGGGGUUGGCGUGAGCAAGCGGUCCUCUGAGCUGUUGAGACUUCUGGUGUCAUCGGGGGAGGGAACGCAAGGUGGCAGCCCUGGUUCCCGGGUGGCGUCCGGCGGUCUGGGAGGUGGACUCGGGCAGAGGCGGGCACCUGGCUCUUCACCGGCGUAAGGACAGUGACAGGCCACUCUGCCAGGCGAGGAGUGGCCCCUGGGGUUGGGAGGGGGCCGCUUGGCUGCUUCCUGAGCCCUGGGAGGCAGGCCGGGAGAGAGCCAGCACUCUCUCGAUGCGGCGGGAUGAGGGGCAGAAAGGUGAAGCCCGGACGGGAGGGGCGUGCUGGCACGGUCAGCUCCCAUACACUUGGGCGGCGAGAUCAAGGGAAGCACCGCGUUCACUGGAACGGUCUAGUGGGAAACAGGACGACAGAACGUCCAUUGCCUCAUUCAGAUCCCAGCUGGGGUCCUUCACUCGGGCCCCUUCGAGCCCGUCAUCCCCGAGGAGGCCCCCCAAAUGAGUGAGGUGGAGGGAGGCAUCUCUGCUUCCGCUGGGUGGUGGCAGACAUGGAACCUUCUGGGCCCCAGGCCUGCAGGGAGAGCGAGCAGCACCCUGUCUGGGUCCUGGCUUCCUCACUAGGCACGGAAGUGCCUGUGGGUGGACUUUGCAGCUGCUCCUCCUGGGGCAGCAGGAUUGGCUCGAGUCGGGCGCUCGUCCCUGCUCGUGAGUGAGAACCACUCUGGCAGCUGGAGGGCCCAGGAGACAGGCGGGGCCUCUGGGCCAUGAGGCCAUCAGCACGGUGCAAGGGAUGAGGAGCCAGCAGGCCUCCGGGGCGUAGCCCACCGGCCUUUCUGGCGGCAGUGAGUGUACACUGUGCUCUUGGGGAAGGUCUGCAGACAUGCUGGGACUCGGCAGAGGUCACCCCCCCCGCCCCAGUCCUCCACCCGCAGCAAACCUUUGCAACCACUUCACUACCUCUUGCAGGGUCUCGUGGGCACGGCGACAGCGGGGUUCUGCUCAGCUGCGUGGUCUGGGGGGGCAGCCCAGCUGGCGAGAACCCAGGGCCAGGGUCUCCUCCGGGAAGGAGGAAAGCCUCCUUAUGUGGCUGUCUUCAUGGAUCUGCCCCACGUGGGCCUCACCCUUGCUCAGUCCUGCCCCCACGCCGUGCCCUCAAAUACAUGCACCUCACCGCUGUCCACUCCCGCCCCACGCAGGCCCCCCAAAUAUGGUUACCUCACCAGUGCUCACUCCUGCCCCAUGCAGGUACCCCAGGUCCACUCACCUCACAGCAGCUCACUCCCAGCCCCAUGUGAGUCCUCCCUUCGGGGAAGGAGACAACCCCUGCUUCACCCGCCGUGACCUCCCUGACGCUCCUUACACUUGCCAUUGGUUUGUACAAGGAGGGUUUCUUGCAACCUUGAAAUUUUUAUACUUUUUUUUUUCUUUUUUAUGGCUGCUUUUUUCUUCCAAGUAGGGAGAACUCUUAGUAUGACUGCUUUUUAACGUGUCCUGAGACAGUUGUGCCGCCGGACCAGCCACAGUGCGGUUGCUCCUGAGCAUGCACGUGCGCAUCUCUGGGCGCCGUGUUCUCUAGUUGGGGUCUCGCUGUCGAGACCUGCCCACCUGUCGGCUCUGUGGCGCACCGUGGAGGCCAUGUAGGGGAGGCAGGACCCCGAGGGGCGUUGGUGUCACGUCACUCCUGCGGCCCUUUCCUGGCCCGGCUCCUCUUCACGCACAAGGGUGUGGCCCGUCAGCCCCUGGCCAUUGGCUUCUGGUCAGGGCCCACGGCCCUGGCAGAGGGUGUGUGAUUUUGCUUCUGAGGCUGUGACUGAGAAAGAACCUACUGAGGCAGAUGGUCCGUCUACAUCCCACGGGUUUUCUUUGUACCUGUGCCCAUUGCAUAUGUUCACACACAGAAGAGUCGCCAGGAAUGGCUUGGCAGCUUCGAGAUGCGAAGUGUGUGUUUGCACGUGGGGAGGGCUGCGUAGGAAGCCUGUUUCUCUCCAUGGGCUGCCCCCCUUGUUGCUGCCUCCAGUGUCCCUCGUGUUCAAGAUGCCGCUUUGCUAACUGGGUGGCUCGCUGCUCUCUGCUUACGCCCCCAGGGACGUGACCUUACAGCAUUUUAUCUCCAAGGCGGGAGAGGUCUCUGGGGUCCGGAUGACAAGACUGAAAGUGAUCAUCGGCACCACCGUUGCUUUUCAUUCCUGUUUCACACCAUUGUGGACUCUAUACAGUUUAACCGUAC